AUGAUUUCCACACAGCACCACUUGUACCCCAAAGCAGAUCAGACAAUAAUGGAAGAGAAAGAACUGGCUGAAGAGGAAGAGGAGUUUGCAGACAGCCAUGACUGUUCUUCAGCAUCUGCCUCAGGGCCACCUGUGUUUCAAAUACUGCAGAAAUGGGUUCCAGCAGCCUCUCACUAUUUUGACAAAGACCAUUAUUCUUAUGCUGGCCAUCAGAUCACCAUUCAAGAGUCCAUUGAACACUUUGGAGCUGUAGUAUGGCCUGGUGCCCUUGCUUUGUGUCAAUACUUGGAAUCAGAUCAGCAAGAAAUCAACCUGAAAGAUAAGAAAGUAAUUGAAAUUGGAGCUGGAACUGGGCUGGUGACCAUUGUGGCAAGUAUACUAGGUGCCUUUGUUACAGCUACUGACUUGCCUGAGGUUCUUGAAAAUAUGGCAUUCAAUAUUUCAAAAAACACAUGCAAUGUGGAUGUUCACAAGCCUGAAGUAAGAAAGCUGGUUUGGGGGGAGAAUCUCAAUGAAGAUUUCCCUAAAUCAACUCACCGUUACGAUUUUGUUGUGGCUACUGACGUUGUGUAUCAUCACACAGCUCUGGAUCCUCUGCUAGACACAAUGACCUACUUAUGUCAGCCUGGUACAAUCUUGCUAUGGGCAAACAAAUUCAGAUUCAGCACUGAUUAUGAAUUUUUGAACAGAAUCAGCAACAUUUUCAAUGUCACACAACUAGCAGAUUUUCCAGAGCCCAAUGUUAAGUUGUUCAAAGGCACAAUAAGAGAGAAUUAA